AUGAAAGAAACACAACAUAAUGGUCAACAUUCACGGAUGGAUGAGGAGUUGAGGUGCCCAACAAUCACUUGGGUAUGCCCUACACUAGAGACACUCAUGGCAUUUAUGAAAAUUUUCUUUACACCUAUGACAAAUAUGAUAUUCAUGAACACUGAGCCUAGUGUGGUUGGUAGAUGGGUGUUGAGACCAACCAACCCACUCACCUUCAAGGCUUUGAACCUGCAAGGACUCUAA